AUGUCCUCGCAUUACGCACACCGAUUCCGCCGGAAGUUGGCUCUGGUUCCGGUGGUAUCGUGGGUUCGACAUCGAGGUAUUCACUUGCUAACCGUGGGUCGGUACACGUAUACUAGUGACCAAAGAUUUCAAGCAAUACAUUCACCCCAGAACGAAGACUGGACACUACAAAUACGGUAUCCUCAAAUAAGAGAUAGUGGUUACUACGAGUGUCAAGUAGGCACAACGCCUCCAAUCGGACAUGCAAUGGUUUUAACAGUCGUAGAACCCAUAACAACAAUCAUUGGAGGUCCUGACAUGUUCAUCAAUAAGGGUAGUACUAUGAACUUAACGUGCAUCAUAAAGCAUAGUCCAGAACCACCACCAUUGAUUUACUGGACACACGACUCAAAAGAAAUAAAUUACGACUCAGCUCGAGGCGGGGUGAGUGUGAUCACGGAGAAAGGCGAAGUAACCACCAGUUAUUUGCUCGUACAAAGAGCGACCAGCACGGAUUCGGGAAAAUACACGUGUCACCCAAGCAAUGCAAAUCCUCACACCGUCGUUGUACACGUCCUUAAUGGAGAGCAUCCAGCGGCCAUGCAAAAAGGUUCGAAGCUGAGUUUGAAAUCUUCACUAUCAUUCCUCAGCGUCGGCUUGGUGUUAUUUAUUAGCACGUGA